UCUUAAACUAUAUCCACGAUGAAAUCAGUCAUAUUUAAUGUCCUAAUCCAACUGAAUUUUUUCAUACAAACAUCAAUAAUUAAAUUUAUUUUCCAGGUUUCUUGUUUUAUUCUGGCUGUAGCCUUACGAACGGGACAAGCCGGGGUUAUUCACAACGAUCAAGCCCAACAACAACAACAACAACAACAACAACAACAACAAUAUCAAGAAACCCAACAACAACUACAACAUCAGCUUCAGCAACACAUUCAGCAACAAAUGCAGGAACAAAAUCAGCAACAAAAUCCACAUUACGAUCAACAAAAUCAAGCGAGUUUGGAUUAUCAUCAACAGGCGUCGGAAUACGGCUCGAAUGAUUUAUCUCAUCACGAGGGACAUCAAGAAAUAGGAGAAGGAGGCUAUGGAGGUGGCCAGGACUUCCACGGUUACUCUGGCGAUUCUGGAGGCGCUGAACACAGCCAUGGAUCUUACGAAUCUCAUUCAUCCGGGGAAAACUUAGGAAACCUCAUUUCCCACGGCAUCAACAUAGGAUCCCAUGACAGCGGACACCACGAAGAACACGUAGACCUUCAACCAAAAGUACAAGUCCAACAUGAUUAUAUUCCAACGCAUACAGUCGAACAUACACAGGCAGAACCUGUAGAAGUUGUUAAAAAAAUCGGAGUACCAGUUCCGCAUCCCGUCGGAGUACCCACACCUCAAAUCAUUAAAGUUCCAGUACCACAACCCUAUGCAGUACACGUACCGGUACCUCAUCCAAUCCAUGUGCCCAUUUACAAACUGGUAGCUAAAGAAAUCGAAAAAAGAGUCCCUAUUGAAGUUGAAAAAUUGGUACCGGUCUACGUUGACAAGCCUGUAAAAAUCGAAGUCGAGAAACAUCAUGUCGAGUAUGUAGACAAACCCUACCCCGUACACGUUCCAGUUUACAAACAUGUUUUGCACUCGAGUGGCCACAAAAAGUGGUGAAGACUGAUUGUUUUAUGGACUUAUAUAUACUCAUUUAUUCCCAAAUCUAGGUCAAAAGGUGAAAUCAUAAAAUUUUGUUUGUGAUUCUGCUGCGGACCGAGAGUAAGAUAAUGAGAAUUUUAUUUAUUAGUCUCUGUUUAGCUUCAUACUUUUGUAUUUGG